AGCACAGGUGGAGSCUGACCUACACCAGUGUGCCAGACUGCUCCAAGACGUGGAAGUGUGGGCGCUGCUGAAUCAGCAGCGGAACAAUAUACCGCUCGAAUUCUUGAAGGAAGGAGAGGAGACUUUCGAGGGAUGGAAGAARGAACUAYACGAUAUUGUCUCCCUUCAACGGCUGGAUGAGACCGGCAGAGCACAGGUGGAGGCUGACCUACACCAGUGCGCCAGACUGCUYCAAGACAUGAGACGGAUGUUUGCCGAGCUUCGUGYAGCAGCGGAGAGGAGCCGUUUAUCUGGCGWGCAGGUUCCUGCUGCCGAGCCUAUACUGGUCUGUCCUGUGCACGAACAAGGCGAUGAUGCUGGGUUGUAUCUGGAUAKCUAUCGACCCGAGAAAGCUGGUGGGGAUGGCGGCGGUUCGAGGGUCCGACUCGACUACCUGGAGCAACUUCAAGAUAACCAGGACAACAUACAAGAUGAUUUUGGCUGUGGGAGAACGGGAGUGCAGCCGGAGGGGGAAAUUAUGGUCUCUCAACAUGUGCUGGAGCGAGAAGGAAGCGGAGCAGCAACCUUCCUUCUCCGUGCAGCAACCUCCCUUCUCCGUGCUCAAUAUACAGUCAUCAAUGAUCAUGACGACAUUAACUGGCUUCAAAACUUGAAAGCACAACAUGCGGGGGGUGAGAUGACAACUUGCCAUCUGCACGAAGCUGCUCGACCGAGGCUUGGUGCAGGGACGAUGAGCAAAAAUAAGGGGGAGGCCCAACCGCUGACUCCCCUUGCUUGCGAACAGCAUGUGAAGUUAAGUACGGGUUCUCCAUCUGGUUUUGUCGUAUUCGUACAUGAGAUGAUGGAGGAGUACCCUCCUCCCUUGCCAGCAUGGACUGGAAUGACGGUCGGAACCAGGAUCAAGCGACCAAGUUGGGUUGGAAGGCAGUAUGGGAGUUCCCACAAGGCCAGAAGGGAAUCGAAAAUCCCGUGGGUUGAAAGGGGUGGCCGAGGGAGAGGGUGAUCGCGACCCUCCCUGUGAGUCUGUGGAAUCUGUGACUAUGUAGAGUAGGCUAAUACACAAAUUUCCCUUUCCUUUUGGCGACGGAUCAUGCACCGAAUAUUGUAAACAAAGGGACUGGUAACAG